AUGGUAAUCCAGUCACCUGAGCAGUGCGACAGCACCAGGGAUGCGGACACCACACCAGGGACCAACUCGACUGCCCUUGGACUCAAAAGUGAAGGCGUGCCCGGUCUGCACACGGAGAAGCAUACAGGCGUCCAAGAAGCCUCCGGACCGGGUACGGCACCCGAUGAGUCGAGCCGAUCCCAAGGACGUCGAGCUGCUCUCGACCGUCUGAGGCAUAUCUUGACAUGGGCACCCAAGAACUGUCGUUAUGAUCCAAAUGAGCCGCCUAAAUUCAGCCUGUCCCUAAACCUCCUGUUUGCUCUGGCCGGCACGAUCACCGUGGCGAACUUGUACUACGUCCAGCCAAUCUUGUUCAAGAUUGCAGAUACAUUUGAUGUUAGCUUCGAGAAGGCCUCAUCUGUAGCAACUAUGCAACAGUGGCUCGGCUUGUGUCUCACACCCCGUUUCGAAUCAUUUGCAGCCAUUUCAUUCAUCUGCGGUAUGACCACCGUCACUCCGCAAUUGAUGCUGCCGUUGGUCGGGGAUCUAGCACCAGCCAACAGGAAGGCUAGCUGUCUGUCCAUCGUGGUGUCCGGGCUGGCUCUGGGCAUAUUGGUUGCUCGUCUGCUCUCCGGAAUCAUCGCAAACUUCACCGACUGGCGCAACGUCUACUGGUUCUCAUUUGGUGCCCAGUGGUGCAUUUUCAUCCUCCUUUUCCUUUACAUGCCGGAUUACCCUUCGAAAAACCCGGGUGGUCUGAACUGGUUCAAGUUGAUGUGGAGCAUUCUGCAUAUGUUCUUCACGGAGCCUUUGCUGGUCCAGGUCUGCAUCAUCACUUUUGUCAAUAGCUCCAUCUUCACCUCCUUCUGGACAACACUAUCGUUCCUGCUGUCGUCGCCCCCCUUCAACUACAGCUCGUUGAUCAUUGGACUUUUUGCACUAAUAGGCAUCGCAAUCAUCUGCUGGGGUCCGGUCUAUAGCCGUCUGGUCAUCGACAAGAUACAGCCACUAUAUUCCUGCCUAAUUGGAAUUGGUAUUGAGCUUACCGGCGUGUCUAUUGGGACGUUCAUUGGUACAUUUACUGUUGCCGGACCUGUCAUUGAGGCAAUCGCUAUUGACCUGGGCAAUCAGGGUUGCAAUAUCGCAAAUCGGACUGCAAUCAAUGAUAUCAAUCCCAAAGCCAGGAACCGCGUCAAUACGUGUUAUAUGCUGGCGGGUUUUACGGGGCAGCUCACUGGAACCGCUGUUGGGAAUCGCUUAUACGCAGUCGGGGGUUGGAAGGCCAGCGGCAUCUGUAAUCUUGCUUUCCUCGGUUUUGCUGUCUUGGUCUGCCUUGCACGGGGUCCACGCGAAACACGGUGGCUUGGAUGGAGUGGUGGAUGGGGCAUGCGGCUACGGGAACCGAAACAGUCAACUGCAGCUCCAGGCAACCGAGGUGAAACCGACGAGGAAGCAGAUACGUCCUGA